CAGGCUGCUUCCAUUGGAAUGCGACGUGGCUAUCAGAUGAUAUUCACUUGUCAUACUAACGUCGCCGCCUAAAGAAACUACUAUCACCUCGCCGGCCUCCCUUCCCAACCCCAUCAUCCUAUCUUCACACGCUUCGCUAGGUUCCAUAGAUCAUCGCAGAGAGGGAAGGCAGGAGGGAAGCAGUCGUCAUAGUUCCCAGAGGUUUGUCCUGAAAUCCGGAGGGGAGCCCCGAGCCAGGUGUGGGAAAGUGGUCGACGCUCCACCGUGCUCAGUUUGUUGUGAAGAUGGCCAAGAAGACUUAUGACCUGUUAUUCAAGCUCCUCCUCAUAGGCGACUCCGGUGUGGGAAAGACAUGUAUACUGUUCAGGUUUUCAGAUGACGCCUUCAACACCACCUUUAUCUCCACCAUAGGUAUUGACUUCAAAAUCAAAACCAUUGAAUUAAGAGGAAAGAAGAUUAAGUUGCAGAUAUGGGACACAGCUGGGCAGGAGAGGUUUCACACAAUCACCACAUCCUACUACAGGGGCGCAAUGGGCAUCAUGCUUGUCUAUGACAUCACCAACGCGAAAUCCUUUGAUAACAUAGCAAAAUGGUUAAGAAACAUAGAUGAGCAUGCAAACGAGGAUGUUGAAAAGAUGAUUCUAGGAAACAAGUGUGACAUGGAAGACAAGCGAGUCAUUAAUAAGGAAAAGGGAGAGUCUAUUGCUCUUGAACAUGGCAUCAGAUUCCUUGAGACGUCAGCCAAAGCCAACAUCAACAUUGAGCAGGCCUUCCUGGAGCUAGCUGAAGCCAUCCUCAAUAAGACCCCUGGCCGUGAUCCACAAGAGAAUCCUGAGAGUGUGGUGCGCCCAGAUAGGAGGAAUGACCGAGGCACGGCCCGGCAGUGCUGUGCGUAGACCACCAGCCACACAGGCUCCAGCGCGGGGCAUGAGUGGUUGUUUUCCAUGAGAACCAUAUCCUCCCCUCCACCCCACCCUCACCUAUAGUCUUGGGUGAGGAACAGGGGGAGUCUGGAGGGAAUUAAGAACAGAGCACAUAUAUAUAUAUUUCCUUUUUAUUAUUGUUAUUAUUUUUCAUUAUUGUCUUUAUUCCAAAGCUUUACACACCAUCAUUUUCAAUGCUGCUGCACUUUGUGGGUGGGAUGGGGAAGGAUGGUAACCAAGGGUGGGAAGGGGAAGGGAGAAAAGCACUGUUUGAGGGAUAAAGAACAUUAUUGCCCUGUGGCCUCUUUCGUUCAUACAUAUAUUUUUCUUUAUUUUAAUAAAGAUAUGAUUUUUAAGAGGACAUGGGGGAGCAAUUGGUCAUGACUUUUUGGUGCAAUGAAUGGAACUCUUCACUUGGGAGCCACUACUACUGCUACUACUAUUAUUACUACAGUUAUAAUUAUCAUCAUUGUGCACUCUUGCCUUAUGAGUUUUGUAACAUAAUAUAUAUAACAUGCGCAUGUGAGGUUUCUGUGGCAGUGUAGGCCUCCUGCUGGUGUUUUUCCACAGAUGCAGAAACAGAAUGAGGAGGUAGUGGUGGUGGUGGUAAUGGCCUGUGGUGUUGGUAUAGAGCACAGGACAGUGAAGUGUAUCAAGUUUACUUAUCUUGUCAUGUUCUGUUAACAAGGAAUUUGACACCUUGUCAUGUGAUAAUGAUACUAAUGAUCAGACUAUGCUGUGUUCAGUUUGUUUAGGGAGGGGGAUGAGUAAUUAUAAUAUUUGUUAAUUACAGGAGCAUUAAAUGUUCUGUCUUUAGUCAAAGAAGCUGGUAUAGUUUUCUGCCUAUAUUAAUGCACACUGUGAAGUUUUCAUUACUUGAAACAUGCGAUAUGUUUACGCAUCCACCAGGCAGUGCAUCAUUAGUUCAGACCAAAACUUAUGUUCAUUAUUGAAUUAAGCAGCCCACCACACACCCAGGCCUGUCAGUUUCUUUUGAUGGUAUAUAUAUAUAUAUAUAUAUAUAUAUAUAUAUAUAUAUAUAUAUGCCAAUUUAAGAUAUCAGGAAGGUGAGAAAAAGGUGGAUUACCUAAUGUGCAACAGUCAGGGUGACAGUGUUCAUCUGUUACACGCUUUUUUGUGAUGUUGGUUUGAGAAAUAUACUUCAUAACAAUCUUGCCUGUCUUUCUCUUCCACUGAGAGACAGUGGUAUUUAUUUUACAGUUUAUUUUACAAGUGUGAUGUGUUCAGUUUGUUUAUAAUCUUAAGAAACAUUAUUCAAAUGCUUUGAUUUAUUUUUCCCUUAAAUCUUUGAUGUAGUAGUAUGUUAACAAAUAACUGAGUAAAACAGCAGAUGAGGAAGCAAUAAUGGUGACAGGACAGGGUGGUGUGGUGGAAGAACUGACAAGUGGAGUGACAACAAGUUUGAGGAAUUAUUGGCACAAAGAUGUGAAGUUUUAAUUCUUGUAUAGAGACCAGAUUUAAAGUUUUGGGCAUAUCAUAAAUUACCCUAUAUGGGCAAGGGUUGAACUCAUUCAGUAAGACAAGACUGAACACGUUUCCAGGAGUGUGGUGAACAUUAAUUAAAGUGGAAGCAAUACAGUUUUCUAUCAAUACUGGUGACCCAUAGACUUGACACUGUUUUUCAGACUAAUGAGUUGUAUGUACAUACAUAUACACAUCCAGUAGCCUUAGUUACCAAACCUGUGUUUGUGGCCUGAUUGGUGGUAGCAGGAAAUUAGUCUUGCUGCUCACUAACUGGUAUUUGGAGACCCGAUGUUACCUAAUCUAAUCUCAUUGUGAUGUUUUCAGAAUAUUACCUUCCAAUGUGUUGAAUUGGAUGAGUUUAUUCUUAGGUUAAUAGCUUUUCUCUAUGCUUCUGACGCUCUGCCUCCAGGAACUCCAUCUAUGGGAGGUGGUCAGGUUACUUAUGUGGUAGGUUAAUACCUAAUUUGUUGGCAUGCAGUUUUGAAAAGGUAAUCAUCUCAUUUAGUAAAGAAAAAUCAUAUUUAAAUUUUCAACUUUGGUAGGCUGAUUAAUUCUACCAAGAGUUCCUGAGCUCCACCCAGCUGAUGUUGAGUGUGGAAGAUUCUGCCAAAGUGGUUGGAUGAUGUUUCUUUUUGAGGCACCUUCGAGUCAUUCUUCAUUCAUGCUCUUCUACACUACUAGAUGAAGUGUUUAGUCAUCCUUCGCCUCAUCUCCAUUCCUCGAUUCACUUGCCAGUAAUGCUCAUAGAUAGGUAAGCUUCAAAAAUAGUUUAUUUGUACUUUAUGUAAGCCAGUUUCUGUAAAUAAGUAAUGAUUGAAUUAAGUGUAAGAUGCCGAAAAGUGACCGAUAUUUCAGGCCUUGGGCACUUGAAAUGUUGAUUGUUGUAUAGUAAUAGUAUGUGGAUGUCUUAAAUGUAUCACCAUUAUAUUUGUACCUUUUCUCAUGGAUCUACAUUUUGCGCUGCAAGGGUUGUAUUUUGUUAUACUUUGAACAACACGGUGUAAAUAAUAA